AAAACAGCCACCAGGAGUCUUUUAAAAGCUGCUCGGCCCACAUGAGGCUCAGUCCUUGGUCCCUGGUUCAUCUGAGAUCUCCGUGUUCCUCUCUGCUCUGAAGCUGAUCACCUGGAGCACCAUGAACCUGUGGCUCGGCCUUCAUCUCCUGCUAGCCGGGCUGCUUCUGAGCGGCGCGGCUCCGACCCCUGAGGAAUGCCGGCCUUUGAUCACGCCUCUGUCGCUGGCGGACCCCACCGUGAUGUACGGCAGGACCAACCUGAUGCUGGGUUACACCGACACGGAAAUACUCAACAACAUCCUGAGGAAAACCCAGAGCUUGUGGUCGACCAUCAGCCAGUCACCAUCCAGCCCAAAUACUCACAUCUUGUUUCAGCACAACAGGAUAAAUGGAACCUGUUUGCUCUCAAAGGUCAACCUAACCAUUGACGGCAACACAGGAUCCUCUUCACACCUCAACAUCACCUCGGUGGUCCAAAUGCUACCCGGGCUCGAGGGCUUUCUUGUCUUUAGCAUUGAAUCAACCAUCAGAGACCUGGACAAGAUUGUGAGAAUGGUGAACAUCGUCGGCGACGAUACAGCGGAGGAGUUGAACGUCCGUGCUCUGUAUCUGAUGGCAAGAGAAACAACUCUGAAGGACUCCGACCGGGAACAUUUCAGGAAGCAGGCGAGCUGCCUCGGCUUCUCCAGAGAACCAGACUUUACCCACAACCCCGAUAACGCUUUCUGCGCCGAAGGAGAGGGGCUUAUGAUAUUUGAUGCAACUUCCAUGAAUAUUUCAAAGUAAAGAGAGGAAAGUGUCUCAAAACUUC